CCAACCGUACGUCUCCUUCACCUUCCUGGAGAUGGAUAAACUGAACAUACGCACCAGCUGCACUCCAUCCUAAUCUCACCCGCAGGUGACGAAAUAUGCUAACACUCACGGCCAUCUCUCUCCCCACUCACCCCACCACCAUCCGCAGAAGCCUCACCGUUCGCUCCGAUGCAUUAUUCCCUUCUUUCCUCCCCAAACAAGUCCACGACAUCAGAGACCCUUUCGCCCGAAAACUCGCCGCAAGAAUCGAGCGCCUUCCGGUGAGCUUCGGAGACAACUGUGUCAUGAGCAGCUGCGUCAGGCCGUCGCUUCACAGCGAGUCGGCCAGUCCGGUGGUUCUUCUACAUGGUUUUGAUAGCUCCUGUUUAGAAUGGAGAUACACUCACCCUUUGCUUGAGGAAGCUGGACUUGAGACGUGGGCUGUCGACAUUCUUGGUUGGGGCUUCUCUGAUUUAGAGAGACUUCCCUCCUGCAAUGUGGCCUCGAAGCGUGCCCAUUUUUAUCAGCUUUGGAAGUCCUACAUUAAAAGGCCGAUGAUAUUGGUUGGACCAAGCCUUGGUGCUGCUGUUGCAAUUGACUUUGCGACCAGCUAUCCAGAAGCAGUUGAAAGGCUGGUUUUGAUUGAUGCAAGUGUGUAUACAGAAGGCACUGAAAAUCAACCAACCAUGUCGAAAAUGUUAGCCUAUGCUGGAGCAUAUAUACUGAAGAGUUUCCCUUUGCGGUUCUAUGUAAACUUUUUGUGCUUUACCGGCGUACCAUUGAGUACCAAACUAGAUUGGACAAAUAUUGGUCGCUUGCAUUGCCGGUUUCCUUGGUGGGAGGAUGCACUUGUGGAUUUCAUGAUGAGUGGAGUGUAUAAUGUUAGUCCACAGAUUGAACAGGUGAAGCAGAGGACACUUAUCAUAUGGGGCGAGGAAGACCGAAUUAUUAGCAACAAGCUUGGAGUGAGAUUGCACUCAGAACUGCCGAAUGCAAUCAUACGGCAGAUACCAGAUUGCGGGCAUCUUCCUCAUGUAGAAAGGCCAAGCUCAGUUGCGAAAAUGAUUGUGGAAUUUGUUCAAGAAGCUCAAUACAAAGAGGUUGAAUACACUUCUCAAUUCUGAUCAAAGGUUUCAUUUUCACAUUUCACGGGAUUCACCCUAUCCUAUAUUUUACAAAUUUGGAAGAUCUUCAAUUGUUCAUCCAUGAUACUGAAGUGACAACCAUCCUAUGUAGCAUAUUAAGGUUAAUGACUCGUAUAUGAACGCAUCCUUGUCAAAACUCAUGACGAAUAUAAAAAUUAUAGUAUCUGUGUCAUAUACUCAUAUUCAGAUUCCUCAUUAAUUAGCCGAUGA